AUUGGUAUCUCAUAUCAACUUUGAAGCAUUUCCCUAUAUCCUUUCACAAACCAUUGUUUAUCAAUGGCUUUCCUUCCAUCCACCUUCGCCACCUCUAUGCUUCUUUUAGCAUUCUUAGUCAUUGCCUCCGCAGACUACUAUGGAUAUGAUCCAGCACCAAAGCUUCAGAACCCCCAAGCCACAACACAGUACUACAACAAUUAUUAUACUUCAACACCAACGUUCCACAAGGUUGAAGCCAAAGUAGAUUACAAUCCACACCUUACAAAACCAGACUAUGCUCAAGAGUCCAAACCCAAAACAGACUACUACGACAAUGCAAACGACUACAACCCACAUCUUCCAAAACCCGACUAUGAUGAAGAGUCCAAGCCCCAAACAAAUUACUAUGACAGUGAGUAUGUUCCUGAGCCAAAGGUCGAGAAGGUUGAAGCCAAAGUAGAUUACAACCCACACCUUACAAAACCAAACUAUGGUGAAGAGUCCAAACCCAAAACAGUUUAUUACAACAAUGGAUAUGGUUCGGCACCAACGGUCCAAAAGCAUCAAGAUGAAUCAAGUUACAAACCACACCCUACAAAACCAGAUUAUGAUGAAGAGUCCAAAUCUAAAACAGAUAACUAUGACAAUGGAUAUGGUCCAUCACCAAAGGUUGAGAACCACAAACCCAAAACAGACUACCCAGUUGAGAAACCUGACCCUGCCAAACAUGAUUAUUACGAAGUGCCCAAACCAAAAGGAAAAUAUGAACAACAUCUGCUUCCAACAACUAUUGGUGUGCAAGGAGUUGUUUUAUGUAAAUCAGGUUCCACCUAUUCUCCAAUUCAAGGAGCCGUGACAAGAAUUACAUGUGGAUGCGAGGAUGAACGUGGGUACGAGACAGGUCCUAUAUCAGUAUUGAGCCAUGUGACAGAUAAUAAAGGUUAUUUCUAUGCUACAGUGUCACUUGAGGAACUUGGAUCCAACUUGAAGGUAAGUGAAUGCAAGGCAUACUUGGAAAGUUCUCCAUUGGAGACAUGCAAAGUUCCCACCGAUGUGAACUAUGGGAUCAGUGGUGCUCCUCUUCUUCUUAUCGCAUUCUUGAAAGUAAGGUCAAAUUGUACACUGUGGGACCUUUCUUCUGCACCUCCCAACCUACUAAACCACUCCCCAAUGGUUAUUGAAGCACCUUCUAUGAGGUCUAUUGAGAUGACCGCAAAGUGGAAAUCAUGAUUUUUGUUUGUUUGUUCUUUUAUCAAUUUGUAUUCGUUGUGUGUUUAUUUGUUUGAUGUUUUUGAUUUCAUAUGUAAUUUAUUGGUAGGAGGAAAUGAAGAAGCCUCCUUGCCUUCAAGAGAUUUAUGCAACAAAUUUUAAUUCAUUAUUCUUAAUUAUAUUGAUACCUAAUCCAAAAUAAGUUUUAUGAGUUUGCUACUUUUCCA